GGGGCGAUUCUUCACAAUCAACAGUAAAAUGUUAUUUAUGGACAGGAAGAAAUGAAUAUAUGAUAUUAAGCGAACGUGAUUGCUUAGCAAUCGGUGGAGGUGAUGGUAAAGUAGGACUUUGGAUCGACGCUGACCUGCAACGAGGUCAUUCUGAACGUUGUGACACCUUUGACAACGAUACCCUAUCGUCGUCUCCCGAGUUCGACUGUAUAGGAUUCGAA